AUGUCGUGCCUGCCUCACGAGCUGAUCGUGUGGGAGAUCCUGGUCCGGCUGCCCGCCAAGUCGCUGCUGCGGCUACGCUGCGUCUGCAAGGCCUGGCGCGACACCAUCUCCGGCGCCGACCCCUCAUUCUCUCAGGCGCACCUCUACCGACUUCAUCAGCAAGUCAAGAAGCCCUGCAGCCUGCUCAUCGCACCACAUAUCAGAAGCGAAAGGAUCAAAGGGAAGGUCGCCACCCCGGGACUUUACCUGUGGGAGGAGAGCCGGCAUGGCGUCGCGACCCUCUUGCACGACACCUCCUCGUUCACCGAUGAGGAGGCCAAGACAAGACAUGGGUUCGCCCACUGCGACGGGCUCGUGCUCCUGCCCGCCGAGGAUACUGUGCGUGUGCUCAACCCAGCCACAAGCCAAACCAUCGAGCUCCCUUGGAGCCCCAACAGCGUUGCGCCACGCCGGCACUUGGUGGCACAAGGACACCAAGCAUUCGGUUUCGGGCGCGACCAUCGCUCCAACGCCUACAAGGUCGCUCGCUUCUUCUACCGUGAAACUCGUGCCAUGGGUGGCCAUGGGAUGGAGGUGUUCACUAUCGGAAAGGACCAAUAUUGGUGUGAGACGGCCGCACAACCACCGUACCCGUUUCUAGCAGGACGGAUUGCGACCUUCUUCAAGGGUUCCCUGAUUUGGACAGUUGACCAGUGCUCACUUAUGUAUGAAUGUGAUCCCUCGCUUCUACCUGAUCAUGCAAGUAUGACGUGCUUUGUCCGGUUUAGUCUUGAAGACGAAUCAUUCAGCAUCAUGACCGGUCCUCCAUGGUUUGAAGCGGGCGACUAUUUAGAAUCCAGAUUAGCUAAGUUGAACGGUGAGCUAGCCAUCCAUCGUCUAGGGCCCAACUAUGAAUCUGUUGAGAUAUGGAUGUGCAAUGAUGCGGAAAGCAACAACCCGCCACGGUGGGAGCAGCGCCAUGUUUUCAACUUCCGGGCUUAUGUUCAUCUGAUAGCUACAUUCAACGAUGAGAUAGUGUACCAAGACGGAUCAUCGUAUCUCUGGCGUCAAACUCAUCAAGGAAAUAAAUUUAUGGUUUGCAUGACUGACUUGAAGUAUCGUAACCCCGACAUGGGUACACUUGUUGAAUACUCAUGGGGGACCAUUGAGGACUUUGAUGCUAUUACCACAACUGCUGUGCUCGGUGCUCGGUGGCUCGGCACGUCGUUGACUGUCGCUCUAAGGAGGGGGCUGCUCGAGUUCCAGGUUGGGCCAGAUAACGGGUUCACCUUCGAGCACGUUCAGGGGACCAAGGUUGGUUCAUCUGCUGUUGGAUCAGUUGGCUAUAAUUCAGGAAGAGAAGUUCCAGCAAGACUUCCUGGGAUAGAUGCGGCAGGGCAUCGCGAGGAGCCAUGGGGAGCCGAAAGAAAAUGUCUUGGAUGUAGGCAAGGGAAGUUGCAGUAUGGAAUCAUUGUGAGCCAAAAGGUGGUGGCCUUCAACCAACCAGUUGCUUUUGCCAGCAAGAGCCGACAUUACACCAUCAGAGGAAGUCGGGAAUUAAGGAUGGGAAUUGAGUUCUUUUGGAUCUUCGUCAGGCCGUGGCACAUCCCCGUCGCCGCCGGCAAAAG